AUGACUAGUGUCAUGGAUGAACUUCUUACUGCUGUCAAGGCGGUUGAGAACCGCGAGGAGCUGUCUGUUUCAAAACCACCUCGGACCAGUGUUCCCACAAAAGAAGAGAAGUGCUCGAGUCACCCAAGUACAAUAAAUUCUCUAGAAGAAGUCCUACACACCCUUAAGUCAUCUCCAGACAAACGCCGUGUUGUUCAAGUCUUAGGCUUUCUUGAUCCCGCUCAAGGGCUCGGGGGUGGUUUCAAUAUAACUGCUCCAACCGCCCAAGCAGCUCAAAUUUUGCACAUUGUGAUCACAACUACCAUUCCCGACCAUUGGGGCGGUCUAGGAGAUGAAGAUUCCCCAGCGCCAGAAGGCGACCACAAACCAAAACCAAAGGCAGCAUUGCUAAGAUGUUUGAGCAGUUUGGCGGGUAUUGGAGCUCUGGUAGCUCAUCUUCGCUCGUUACUUUCCAAACAAGACUCCUUGCCAAGUGAAAAGCGCUCGGGUAACAAGAUAGUUAUUCAAGAUUUAAUAACCGUUUUGUCGUUAGUUUUAAAACCUCCCGACUUGCUGUUCAACUUGUAUGUGAAUAUUUCGAGCAAUAUUGAGCGGCCAGCCCAGAGGCAAAUCAUGUGGAAAGAGCUUAUUUCACUCCUUGCUGCGGGAAAGGUGUUAUCAGUCGCCGCCGAAAGUCUUCUUACUAUUAAAGAUAUCAAGCUGCCUGGUUCGAUUCACUGGAUUGGGGAUGGAAACAUGUAUGCAUCGUGGCUUGGCCGGUGUAUUUCCCGAAUGGCUUCUAAGGUCCAAUCAACAGAUUUAGAUUGUUGGAAUUAUUUGGCCCAGUUCGUGGGUAGAUCGCUGAGUCUUGGAUAUCCCGCCCAGGUUGUCAGCGAAAUAUAUAACACCCUAUUACUUCAAGAGGAUACCUCACCGGACCGGUUUGGUAUUCUCUUAGACAACCUUCGACGUCACGAUCAACUGUUAUUAUUCAAAUCUCUACUUCAUGAUUUGGAAAUAAGAUUUCUUGCUCCUUCUCCUAGUGUGUUGCAGAGUCCACUGAACAAAUCCAAGGCUGUCAGCGGAGUCUCAGCUGUUGUAGCGACAAUAGUUCGUGACCGCGGCUUUCUGAAAUCUCAGUUGAGCGAAUGGCUCGUAACAGGAUCCGAAAUAAAUAUAAAGGGCAUUGAUUUUCGCCGAGCACUUUUGGCAUCGUUUGGGAACCAGCAAGAUAAGGCAAUGAAAUUCGACCUUGAGCAAAUGGAGAGCGAAGAAGCACUGUGGUAUAUGAACUUGACAAAUGUAAAAGAUGAAGUCGGUUCUAUCAGCGACUUGAAGCAUAAAAUCUCUCCAUAUGCUCCAAAGAAAUCAAAACAUCAAGGGCGGAAGGCUCCACAAGUUGAUCAGCCAAAAUCAAGUCAGGAGACAUCGAAAGUUCUUUCUGUUGAAGAAGUGUCUGAGGAGUCAGAUGGCGACUUCUUAUCUUACGAAAAGCCAGAUACGGACGCUUCGGAUUCCGAAGAGGAUCCAACACUAAUCAACCGGUCAAAACCCAACUCUCCAGUAUAUAUACGGGACUUAUUAGCUUGCUUGCAGGAUACAGGUAAUGCAGAACGAUAUAACUUGGGAAUAUCAACUGCACCAACGUUAAUACGUCGCAAAGCGUCAUUUGGCACCGAAGUUGCAGAGAACUCUGAGGCGCUGGCAUUUACUCUUGCGGGUCUACAAGAUAAAUAUAAUCUGCCAAAGUUUCAGGAGUACAAGUUACAGAGCCAAAUUGCAUUACUCGUUGCCUACCCACUUACUAUGGGUCGGUGGUUCGUGCAUACGCUUUUCAACGCCGACUUGUCUCAAAGUCAGCAAUCAACGAUACUUGUCGCGCUUGGUUUGAGUUCCCGCGAACUGGCGGGGUUUGGGAAAGAAGACUCAGAUGCUAUGAGCCUCCCUCCCGCUGCGAACUCUUCGUUCCCGUCAAAGCGUCUACCUUCCAGUCUAGCAAAUACCUACGGUGACAUGAACAGCCCUAUCGACGCUAUAUCAAAAAAGCUUUCGCAAGCAACCUUAAAGCCUUUAGCGCUCCAUGCUGCGGAGUCGUUGACCGGACCCAAUGCUCUCAAGGUCCGAACAUUCUCAUCCCGUAUGGAAGUGGAGAAAAGGAAGCAGCAGAGAGAGCAGCAGAGACGGCAGAAAGCGAUUCCUAAAGACCUUCACAGAAUUCUUUCCGAUGGCUUCUUUUUUCCCCUUACUAAUGCUUUUGGAGUCUCCACUUACUUGACCUCAAUCCCCGGGUGUCUAAUUGCUUAUCGUUUCAGGUCCAGUAACGUUCACAACCCGCAACUCCUCCAGCUCUUUGUCCAAACUGUUUUCCUCAUUCUCUCAACUCUGGGCCCAAACUCUCCCAAUCUAGCCGCGCUUACGCACGAAGCUCUUGCGCUACUUAUAACUCUACACAACCUACCAGUCGCCACCGAGCCUACAGUGCUCCGCGCAAUUCUCGUUCUGUUCCUCGCGGUCGUAGAUUUAAAUAUAUCAUCUGGCAAUGUCGGUGAGGAGAGACUUGUUACUGAAUUUGUAACGCAGGUGAUGGAAAUGCGUGAAUGGGCUGAUGCCAUAUUUGAGCGCUCGUCGAAAGAAGAGGAGGAAGUGAGGAUGCUCUGUGCUGGUAUAAUGGUCAAACUUGGAGAGGUUAUAGAGCGAUACCAAGGCCGAUUAUUGGGAACGAAUCUUGGGUUUGGAUAUUAA